AUGAUUGAGGAAUGGAUUUUGGAGCGCCAAACGACAGUAAAUGCGCAAUUCAUAGCAACGGAGGUGGUGUUGCAAGAGCAAAAGGCAAUUCAAAAGUACCACCUGUUCAAGAACUUCGAAGCCGAAGUGAAAAGCUACGGAGCUCUGGCCAAGACAAUUUUCCAACCUUGUCCCAAUUUUGCGUCAGCUGGUGUUGGAGAAAGCGUAAUUGCCUUAGCCUGUGUGUCACCCUUGCAGACUGUCCAAUCAACAAUAGAGGCAAAUCCGACCUCCUCCGCACGCUUACAGGAAGCUCUCGAGUGGAAUGUGAGAUUGUGGAAUGAACUAAACACAACUCUGUCAAUUCAGGGUGAAAAAUUGGUCGAAGUGUAUCGAGGUGAGUGGAACCGUCUCAAGCAGACAAAGGAGGCGAAGGCAGAAAUGGCGACUGAUGGUUGA